AUGGUGAGGGGCGCGCGGGCCUGCGUGAUGGCUGCGGGCGAGCCGGCGGUGGAGGAGUGGCGCUCGUGUGCCCGCCCGCCACGCCGGCGGAGGGGCAGCCAGCGUGGCGGCGCAUCACCCUCUGCUGACACGCAGCGGCUGCAGGAUCAGUCACUCUUCUAUCACGUUUUAGCAGAGGCCUUGGAGCUAGGCUGGCACUCGGUGGUGCGGGGAGAAGGUGGCAAGGCGGGUCGAAGACACCUGCUCCAGGCGCCGGGGCGGCAGCGGACGGCCGAGGAGCUGCGCGGGGCGGACAGAAAAAGCGCGGGACGAGGGCGCGUGGAGACGAGCGCGUACACAGACGCGCGCGCGGGGCUGCCCGGGGCGAGGAGGGAGAGAGCGUUCCCCGCGGGCCGGGGCUCGGCCGCGCCCACCGUGCCCGCCCCGCCCCCGGCCGCCCACGCCGCGUGGGAGACACGGCCCCACCCUGCGCCCGCCCCCGGCGGUGGUCACGCGGCCCGCCGCGCACCGCCCACCCACAGACGCGCGUGGCUCUCGGCGAAGGCGACGCCCGCGCUGCAGUCGACGGGCCCGGGCAGCGAGCAUCCUCCCUUCUCCGUUCUUCCCUCCGGCCCUAGUCGCCGCAGCCCCGCGGUAGUGAGCCCCGAGCCAGUCCCGCCGCCGCACCCCUGUCGUGGCUGCGACUGCGGGGAGCCGCUCGCCCAGCGGGUGGAGAAGGGCGACGAGGCCUUCCGCGCAGGCGAGUACGAGACGGCGGCCGAGCUCUUCCGCUCCGCGCUGGCCGGCCUGGCGCGGCCAGACCGCGGCCUAUGCCUGCGGCUGGGGGACGCGCUGGCCCGCCCCGGCCGCCUCCCCGAGGGGGGAGCUGGCGAGCGGCCUGGCCCGGGCCGCGACCCCGGGGAGGCGCCGAGCGGGGGGCCGUCGGCCUCGGUGCCCGCGGCGCCUCGGGACCUGCUGGACUACCCGCGGUGCCAGCGGCUGCUGCACAAGCCGGUGACGCUGCCGUGCGGGCUCACGGUGUGCAGGCGCUGCGCUGAGCCGGCGCGCCGCGUCAACGUGGUGUUGAGCGGCCUGCUGAAGUGCUUCCCGGCCGAGUGCUGGGCACGCAGGCUGGCGGGCCAGGUGCGGAGCCUGCAGCGCCAGCAGCAGCCCGAGGCCGCUCUGCUCAGGUGCCACCAGGCCCUGGACCUUGCUCCUGGUGAUAAUUCGUUAUUGCUGCUGCGAGCAGAAUUGUAUUUAUCCAUGAAGAGCUAUGAACAGGCUCUGCAGGACGCCAGUGCAGUUUGUCAGAAUGAACCUCUCCUGCCUAAGGGACAUCACGUGAAAGCUCUGGCUCUUUCCGGACUGGGAAGAAGUAAGGAGUUUCUCUACUGCCUUGCUUUAAAUCCUGAAUGUAACUCAGUGAAGAAAGAAGUGCAGAAGGUAAUGUGUGAGGUGUUUUUCCGUGCUUCAGAAAACGUGCCUCAGAAUUUAACAUCUUCCGUCCAAAGCAAAAUGUUGAACACAAGAUUAACGGCGCAGUGUCAGAACUACAUAAACAGCCAGCCUCCUGUGGAGGGAGGUGGCAGUGCAGGGAGUUCUAAGAAUCCAUCUGAGAAACAGGAUGUGUUUAGAAAUACCAAUUCUCCGGUGUUAUAUUUUAUACUGGGCCUACACUGUGAGGAGGAUAAGGAAGUGUUAGAAAGUUUUCUUCCAGCGGCGCUGAGCACUGGUUAAAAGAGACAGUUUCCGAAUGAUUUGGAGGAUGCGCACGAUGUGAACGGUCCUGGAAAAAUUCCCAAGAAAGAUGUUUUCUCCAGGUUGCUCUUUGAGCCUGUCACUACGCCCUGUGGACACACGUUUUGCCUAAAAUGCCUCGAGCGCUGCCUGGACCAUGCCCCACAUUGUCCUUUGUGCAAAGAAAAACUCUCAGAAUUGUUGGCAAGCAGAAAUUUUCAUAUAACUACUCUGGCUGAAGAAUUAAUAUUUCGAUACUUGUCAGACGAACUGUCUGACAGAAAGAGAAUUUAUGACGAAGAAAUGACGGAGCUUUCAAAUCUGACCAGGGAUGUGCCCACCUUCGUGUGUGCCAUGGCCUUCCCCACCGUGUCCUGUCCGCUCCACGUCUUUGAGCCCCGCUAUCGGCUUAUGAUAAGAAGAUGCGUGGAAACUGGCACCAAACGGUUUGGCAUGUGUUUAUCUGCAGAGCACGCAGGGAUCUCAGAGUACGGCUGCAUGCUGGAGAUUAAGGGCGUCAGGACGUUUCCCGACGGCAGCUCCGUCGUGGAUGCCGUUGGGAUUAGCCGCUUCCGGGUUUUGAGCCACUGUCACGGAGACGGCUACGACACGGCAGACACCGAGUAUCUGGAAGAUGAAAAGCUGAGUAGUCCAGGGUAUGAAGAACUCACCGCACUGCAUGAUUCAGUUUAUCAGCAGCCUGUGUCCUGGUUUGCUUCACUUCAGGAUCACAUGAAAGAACAGAUUUUAAGCCAUUUUGGGUUAAUGCCCGACAGAGAACCUGAGCCUCAGAGUAACCUUAGUGGUCCUGCCUGGUCCUGGUGGAUCCUGGCAGUGCUGCCGUUGGAGCGGAAGGCUCAGCUGGCCAUGCUCAGCAUGAUCUCGCUGAAGGAGCGUCUGCUUGCCAUUCGGCGAGUAUUAGCCAUCAUCACGCGUAAGAUGAAUAGUCGGCAAGAGCUGGUUAAUAGCCGGGAGAGAAAUAAUUGA